AUGCGGCAGACUCCGGGAAAUCUUGGAUCAACCGAGAGGAUUCUUCCGAGCUGGGGAAUUAUUGGCGAUUCGAGGCCUUUAUCGAGAACCGAGAGGACCGCGGUGGCCCAGGAUCAGGAUGGAGGGUCCAUAAAUGCGCAAGAAGCGCGCCUCACCGCGAUUCAAAAGGUCGACACCGAAAGGAAGACUACUUUCACACAAACAUCCUCAACUGUUCUCCCACCGAGCAAGAAAUUCUUGCCAGUCGACGACCAACCAACGAAUAUAAACGCUUAUUUUGAACGAAAAAAAUCAUCGACAUUUCGGAGUGUCGAAGAGGAUCCCGCACCCCAAUGGUUGAUCGAGGAAGCUCUUAACAGAAUGACCGAGCACAGCGAGCGAUGGACGAAGACGGAAGCAUUGUCGAGCAAGGAGACCGAGUACAAAGCAACCAUAGCAGACCUCGAGGCACAACUCACACGUACGAAAGAGGAGCUCAGCGAAGCUCUAAGGAUGAAAUCGGUCACAAAAGAGAAAUAUAAAAGGUCCUUGGCAAGUGUAAAAGCAGAAGCUCGCAGAGAGAACGAAAGUUUACAAGACAGAAUCAUACGCAUCUGCACGUCUGUUUUGGAAAAUUUCGGUCCUCGUACGUUGUCCGAGAAAAGAGGCAACAGUUAUCGAUUCAAGUGUCGCACACACCUGAAGAGCCACAAAAAGAUUUCGAGCAAGCUGCAUAAGAAGCUGCGGAAGGCAGUGGCGAGAUCGAGCAAAUUGAAAUGGGAAUUGACGAAGGUGAGGCGAGCGUUGGAAAACAAAACGAAGAAGUGCGAAACCAUCAGCAAGUGCUUCGACAAGCUGAAAGAAGACAUGGAUGUUGCAGAGGGCAACUUGAAUAAACUCAUAUCGGAAAACCUAGCGCUAAGAAAGAGCAUGGAGGACACGCGGGAAUGGAUGGAGCGUAAUAUGGGAAAGGAGCACCACGAGAAAACCAACGCCGCUCAUUUUCGAGACAUGCAGAGGAGCAGGGAGCUGACGAACCUGAAGAAGAAGAGCGAGGAAGACUUUAACACUAUCGCUCAACUUCGUAACAAACUAUUGCGAUCAGAGUCAGCGAACGCCAACAAGGGAUUCCUACUGAACAGUUACAAAAGUCAGCUUUCAGAUCUGAACAAGGAAAAGAAUCAACUCCUGUCGAAGAUAAGUACCUUGGAGAACGAGAUCACCGCCGCGAAAACCAGUAGCUCGCAAUUAAAAGCGAAAAUUUCAGUUCUGAACAAUGAGAAGGAUAAGUUGCUAUCUGACAACGAGAAGUCGAAGACAGACGUGGCGGAAAAGAAAUGCGAAGAAACGAUGCAGCAGGAAACUAAUCUCAUGAAAGCCAGGUACGAAGAAACGAUCAAAUCUAUAAAAAUGAAAAUGAUGACUGCAGAGGAUCGGAACAUGGAAUACUCGAAAGCUAUAAGGGAUUUUUUGAAGAAGAUUUACGACUAUCGCGGAGGCCCCGAUACACAGAGGAGCUUGAAAGAAGACGAGGCUAGCGAAAAACAGGCCCACGAAACCGCCUGUAAUAUUUUAAACAUGUCACCGGAAGAACUGUCCGGCUUCAUCAAUGGAAAAACAUUCAAUUCGAUUAACUCUUGGGUAUUCGAGUUGAACCGAAUUCUAGGAAAAAAUAAUUUCUCUGAAAGUCUGUCAAAGUUCUUGUUCAGAAAAACGCUGAAGAAAAUGAAAACGUAACGCGUGAUCGAAAGGAGAACAGUUCCAUAAAUAUUUUUCAAAAUCGUUCAGCUGUAUAUUGGUUGUUUAAAAGAAUUAAAUACACGAUUCUAAUCA